AUGGGGAGUAUCUGUUCCUGCUGCUCGAAGCGGGAUCGCAGCGUCGAAGAUCUCCUGGAUGGCUCGCUAGAGGACAAGCUGCUCGGCAAGCGAGACGACGACCUUGAAGUUACAACAGCCGAAGAGGAAGCGUGGCGCCAACGACGUCAACAGGUCAAAGAUGAAGAGGAUUUGUCGAUGAAGUCUUUGGGAGACGAUGAGGAAGACGAGAGUCGGAGCCAUGCGUUGGUUUGGGAUCUAAGCGACCGCAAUAUGGCUCAAGAAAUUCGAAAAGAAGCGACUGAUUUAGUGGAAGAUGAAGAGGAGGAGGAGGCCUUCGGAAGUGCAAAGGAAGACUCCAACGAUGAUGAUCAAGAAACAAAACACGUGGACGAUGGCGGGGAUUUUAACCUCGAUCGCUUAACGCAGCUAUCUGCGAGGUCUCCUGACGACUCGUACGCAUCUGUACUUAAUUCGUAUCGUGAGGAUCCUCGGGUAUUUCGUGACACGGAACUUGAUAACGCUACUGAGGUGUCCGAUACGUUCUUGGCUCCGUCAUCUGUCGAUAACAACAGCUUUCUGGUAGACGACGACGAUGAGGGACACGAACAAGAACAGCAGCAAAAAGAGGAACAUGAUAACGAUCACGAUCAAGGGGAAGAUGACAAUACUGAAAAACAUCGAAACAACUCCAAUUCCUCGUCUCGAAAGCGCUCAUCGAAGAAGAAAUCCCGGAGUAAGAAAUCCAGUCGCAAAUGA